AUGAAUGAUGAAGACAACGACGAGAAGAUGGAGGAACCACGAGAAGAGGAGGAGGAUGCCGACGAACGGGAAUUCAUGGACCGAAUCGCAACAGCAGCCGCGAAACGACGACGAGCCGCACGAGCCCAUUCUGCCAAGGUGAUUUCCAACCGGGAAAUGCCUUCUUUGAGGAACCACCACAGAGCCUCGGAACCGCACUUGCGGCCCAAUUCUCUG